AUGUCAUCAUCGUCUCAUGUCCAUGAUAUCGCAAAGUCGGGCUUUGGAACAGGAACCAACGAAUUAUACGACCGUAUCCGCCCGUCCUACCAAGCACCGGCAUUGUCCUUCAUUCGACGAGCCGUUGACGCAUCGCACGCCUUGAAUAUCGUCGAUCAAAGAAUUGGUGCUGGAACUGGCAUCUUUACUAGGGCGCUUUUGGCUCAUCCUGAAUGGGAUUGCUCUAUCAAUGAGAUUCGAGCCAUAGAACCCAGUGAAGGCAUGAGAAGCAUAUUCUUAAAGACGGUUAACGAUGAACGUGUAAGCAUAAACCAAGGGACUUUUGAUGCUACGGGAAUUGAGAGUGGAUGGGCGGAUCUCAUAGUCGUCGCACAGGCCUUCCACUGGUGCCCCGACUAUGGACUUGCAGCCGUCGAAUUCGACCGUAUCCUCAAACCAAAGGCUACGUUGGUUCUCAUCUGGAAUCUGGAGGACAGAGACCGGGCAGAGUGGGUAGCACAAGUCCGCGAGAGGAUUGAACGCCAUGAAGAAGGCACCCCUCAAUUUCGUCUUGGUCUCUGGCGGCAGGUUUACAAUGCAGCGUCUUACCGGAAGGCAUUUCGGGCACCUCACGAGCAGACUUGGUCGUAUAAUCUAGAAGCAACGGUUGAUACCGUUAUGGACAGAGCAUCUAGCAAAAGCUACAUCGCAGUUUUGCCCCCGCAUGUGAAGGCGGAGGUGCAGCAAGACCUUAGGCGAAUAUUGGAAGAUGGGGAGAAGAAAUGGGUUGACGAGCAGCUUGGCACCUUUGAAUACCCAUACGAAACAUUGGUAGUCGUUGCACAGAAGCUCUAA